CACGCGGAGAUGGGGAGAGAAGUUUGCCUGCGGUGCAGUCCACUCAACAUUUACCGUGUUUCAUUUGGAGAACAGCAACAAGAGCCUCCGGAGAAGCUUUCCAGGGAAUGCUGAGGAAUAUCUGACAGUACAUACGACACCACUCACUGCUCACUUUUUCCCCUCUUUUAAAAAAAAAAGAAAAAAAAUCUUUACUCAUCAUUGAUGUCGCCAAAGUAGUGGGAAGCUCGGGUCAGUAGGACAGCGGCCGCACGCGGACUGUUGUCUGUCGGAGGGUGCUUUUUUAAACAUUUGGGUCCCGGCUGGAGAGCGAAACAGAAAGACGAAGAGGACAAGCAGAGGAAGAGACAGUCCGAGUGAAAGUGAGAAAAGAGUCCGGCUCAGAAUGAAUAACAACAAAAUCGAGAAGGAAAACGAGCAGAGUGAAUUCACCAACCACGAAGAGGAGGUCCGAACGCUAUUUGUCAGUGGGCUACCACUGGAUAUUAAGCCGCGGGAGCUCUAUCUCCUGUUCAGACCAUUUAAGGGCUAUGAAGGCUCCUUGAUAAAACUCACUUCUAAACAGCCGGUGGGGUUUGUCAGCUUUGACAGUCGAUCAGAGGCGGAGGCUGCUAAGAAUGCCUUGAACGGCGUCCGGUUUGAUCCAGAGAUCCCCCAGACCCUGCGGCUGGAGUUCGCCAAGGCCAACACCAAGAUGGCCAAGAACAAGCUGGUUGGCACCCCCAACCCACCUCCCUCCCAGCAGAGCCCGGGGCCACAGUUUAUUAGCAGAGACCCAUAUUCGCUGGCUCCCACCUGCAGAUGGAACUCCUCAGGGAUGGAAGUCCAGGCAGUUCUGCUGAAGUAUGUGCAACAGCAGCCUCAUGGGCCUCAGGACAUACUAGACCCCAGCCUCCAUCACACAUCGACUCCCUGCCCCUCCCUCCCACAAACUCCUUCCAACUCUUUUUUAUACUGUUACAUACUCGAGAUUUACCGGCAGCGCUUUGGCUACACCUCCUCUGACACCUCCGUGAAAGGUACCAGGCAUGCAUGACAAAGGCGCACACACCCUUUGUUUACCAGUUGACUGCAUCGCCUGUCUGACGUUAGCUCUUGCUGUGCAUUCUGUAUAUGCAAGUGUAAAAAGACAGCCCGCCAAAGGAGUGCAAAACACGUUUUAUGCAGCCACUUUGCAAGGCCAGACUUCUGAACGUGUGGCUAAAGCGCUGCCCGGUAACGUUAUUAUAUGACUAUAAUUAUUACUAUUCUGUAUAUCAUUCAUAUUAAUGUUAUUAUGAUUAUUAAAUACAUGUUGAAGCAUGACUUUGCAAAAAAAAAGAAGAAAAAAAACGAUGCUGUACAUUUUUAGAUAUUUUAAAGAAAUACAAAAAAGUAUUUUUGUAAUCAAGACAAUGUUUGAAAUGUUUGAUUGGUUCAUGUUGUGCUAAAGUGUGUGAGGAACUUUCAUACUUUUAUUUUUAUUUUUAUUUUUAGCCCUUCCUGUUUGUGCCAUUAUAAAAUGGUAAGUCGCCCCUGCUAUACCAAAGCAGUCCUGUGGGUUUGCUCUUGUCUUUUCUACAUACUGUGUGGAUUUAGGUUUGCUCAUGUGUGUCGUCUUUAUGAAACGAACAUAUUAGUCCUUUGUCCAUCAUGACUCUGAGUGAGAAAAACACACCUGAUCCAGCUCCUAAUUUUGCAGUUAGAGGUAAUCAGAUGUGUUGAAAGAGGCGUUGACAGGAAGAUGCCGUCGACCGGUGAAGAUAGAGUGACCCUAAAGACAAAACACAGCAAACUGAGCCCUGCUAUAAUAAGUAACGUGCUCCUUCAUCGUGUAGCAGGAGGACAGCAGCACAGUAUAGAGAAACAAAAGACCAAAGCAUUUUAUUUUUUACACUGGAGAGCUAUCUAGGCUAGUGGAAUUAUUCCGUUUUUGACUGCUUUGUAGUCCUCAGUCUGAUUUCUUAUGAAGUAUGACAUUAUUUUUGCUGCAUGUCUCUUUUGGUGUCACUCCAAAGAGCCACUCCGCGUCUGAAAGGAUGUUCACUUUAAGCAAUUUGUCCCUUUUGUCUAUUUUUAGGGAGCCAACGUGAUUCAACCUGCUUUUGUAAAUUUUGAAUUUACAUAGUGAUGAUUGGAGUGUUUAAAAAAAAAUCUUUUGUAAUCUUUGUGUAUUCUGGGCCUGCAAUAACGUCUUUGCUGUUUGACAUAUCAUCGAGUGAUCAUAUUUCUGUGACAUCUUGACGCCAAAAUCCUCAUUCAUGUUGCAUUCGUACAAAAACAAACAACGGUUCUUGUCCUCUGCUGACGGGGCCGAGUCACACUUCAGUGAUGAGACGAUCAGAAAAGAAAAACAAUCUUCCCUGUAAUGUUUAGCCCAGGUGUGUACAAUCAUAUCGGAGUGGUUGAGUCGUAUAGUCAGUGUUUGUAAUGAAUAAUAAUAAUAAUAUGCACAUAUUGCCGACUGAUUUUCUGGAGCAGUUUUUGCUUUUACAGACAUUUUUUAAGCCAAGUGUGGCACCAAAUUUAUUAGAACAAGUAUUUAUAAGGUGUGCGUGUGCGUGUGUGUUUUUAUGGGUAUUAUGUUUUUAAAGUUCAUAGAAGAUGCCCAUCAUAUAAUUCAUUGUAAGUAUUAUUGUAAGUUUAAUUGUAUAUUCAUUUGGUAAUUUUCUAGAGCUUCUUUUUUUGUGUUUGUAUCUGAUAUAUGAAUACUGUUUUACCUACAUAAUUCACUGUGAAAUCCAGAGAAAAACUUUGAACGAAUGGAUCUUUGUGUGUGUUGCCAGCAGUGCGGUACAGAAGUUUCUGGAAAUGAAUAUGAUGAUCCCCUCCCCCUCUCUUUGUCAGUGAGAACUAUUCCUUUCUCGUUUCAGUAUACCAUGUGCGUACCUGUGUGUUCUGUGCAUGUUCACGGCAUGUGUGUGUUCUUCUUUUCUUUUUCUUAAUGCAUACAGUACUGUUGAUAUUUAUGUACCUUAGCCGCUGUAAGGAGAAACUGUAUUUCAGUGAAUUGCAGAGGUUUGUUUGUUUGUUUGAAACCAAAAAAAAAGGUGAUCAAAAUGAGUUUUUAUGAAAAUGUUAAAUGAAGACAUUUCAGGCCGUCCGCCAUUAAAGAUUGACGUCA